CGAUGGAGGACCGCGUCGCCGAGCGGCGGGUGGGGGACUACAUGCUGCUCCGCCAAAUCGGGUCGGGGGCCUACUCGCGGGUCUGGCUGGGGAGGCACCUCGCCAGGGGCACCGAGGUCGCCGUCAAGGAGAUCGCCAUGGAGCGCCUCAGCAGCAAGCUCCGCGACAGCCUCCUCUCCGAGGUCGACAUCCUCCGCAGCAUCCGACACCCCAACGUCAUCGCCCUCCACGACUCCAUCCGGGAUGGUAAGAGGAUAUAUCUCAUAUUGGAGUACUGUCGAGGUGGUGACUUGUACUCUUAUCUUCUACGGCACAAAAGGGUUCCUGAAGCAGUUGCUAAACAUUUCAUCCGGCAGCUAGCAUGUGGUCUGCAGAUGCUUCGUGAAAAGAACGUGGUUCAUCGGGAUCUUAAACCACAGAACAUUCUUCUUGUUGCAAAUAGUGCAACUUCCAUCUUGAAGAUUGCCGACUUUGGAUUUGCAAAAUUCUUGGAGCCUUCUGGUCUAGCCGAAACACUUUGUGGUUCACCACUUUACAUGGCUCCAGAAGUCAUGCAAGCUCACAAGUAUGAUGCAAAGGCAGAUCUGUGGAGUGUUGGUAUUAUUUUAUAUCAACUUGUUACUGGAUCUCCACCUUUUAAUGGGGAUAAUCAAAUCCAGUUGAUGAAAAACAUACUAAAAUCAGGUCAAUUACUAUUUCCACCUGGUUGUGAGUUGAGCCAUGAGUGCAUUGACUUGUGCAGAAAGUUACUGCGAAUCAAUUCAGUGGAACGCCUUACGGUCGAAGAGUUUGUGAACCAUCCAUUUCUUUUUGAACAUCCUCCAGAGAGAGCCUUGAGUCGGACACCAUCAGACACAAGAGAUGGCUUUCCCUUCAUUAAAAGCAGUCCAACGAGGCUUUCAAGCCAAAGUUCUCAAGAAGAUUGCAUGCCAUUUCCUUUAGACUUGUCAACUGGACAGGAUGAGAGUCCUGUUCCUGAGAACAAUAGCCCACUGAGAUCUGAUGGGUUUUCUAUAAAUAAAAAGUCGGAUAAAACUUCAGGUCAGAGCCCAUCGAAGCAUCCAAGUCUAUUCUCCAGAUAUAUUAUGGGUAACAAUCAUGUACCUAGUACUCAACGUCUGGACCAUACUGGAAAAAGGACUAAGGAAAGCAAGAUUGGUGAAGGAAAUGAUCCUAAAGGUGGUUAUCGAGAAGAUUCCCCUAUCAUUGAUUCAUUAGAGUUUGUAGAUCAGGAAUAUGUCUUUGUGUCUGGACAUCAGGAAGGAUCCUCUUCUUCAACAAGUGCCUCUCAACAGCGCAACUUGCUAUUGAAAUAUGACAAUCCUUCUGUUUCGCCUCCAAAGUUGGUUGCUCCGAGUGCACCGGUGCCAAUACAUGGCACCACAAUAAACAGGCAACAGUCUGCUGGAACUGGUAGCUUGGACAGUCAUUGUUCUCCAGUAUCUGGUACUUCACAGGGAUCUGCUUACCUUAGCGAUGGCUUGGAUCAACCACCAUCUGAUUAUCUGACCAGGAUUAGAUUAUUGGGGCAGUAUGCAUCUGCUAUAGUGGAGUUGGUCAAAGAAGAGAUAAAAGGUGGUAGGCACUUAGAGGCAUUCUCUAUCCAGCUAAUUGUUCUUGCAACAUGGAAGCAAGCAAUUCACAUAUGCAAUUCCUAUGCGGCUUCAUCUGCAAGAGAGAGUCCUUCGCACGAUAUCAAUAUGGCUGAUGAUGAGUCCAUGCAGAUUGAGAGGCAGUUUCUCAUUGCUGUUGAAUAUGCUGAAGAACUUGCCAGCACUGUAGGACAGAUACCUGAUGCUACAGCUAUGCCCGAUGCGGUUGAAAUAAUAUUUCAAUCUGCACUUGAAUUUGGAAGGCAUGGUGGUGUUGAUGAGAUGAUGGGGAAAGUUGCAAUUGCCGUGUCACGGUAUACAAAGGCAAUAUGCAUGCUGCGCUUUCUCCUGAUCGAGGCACCCUCGCUCGCCCUCAAUCCCCCUUUGUCCCUAACAAGAUCUGACCGACACCGACUGCGCUCAUACAUUGAAGCCCUCAACACUAGGCUUAGCCAAUUGCAGUGCCAGGGGAACUGACUGCUGCUGGUGGGUCUUCUUCGGGUCAACUUGUACAAUAUUCUUUCAUUUGUAAAUAUAUUUGUUGGCCCAAACAAGGGCGUGUAAGAUAAUCAUGCUAGAGAUGCUACAAGUAGAGAAGGUAGCGGGAAUCCAGUGUAACUUGCCCAAACUACUGUCAUAACGUGAGCCUUGUGUGUGUGCGUGUGUGUUUUACUUAUGCAUGGUUUAUUCUGUUCCAAUUUGAGCUGUAGCUCAAGGAUAACCAUGGUCAUAAUGUAAACAGACUGCUUCCUUUUUAUUUAUUUACUGAGCUCUUACACAACA